CUAAAGAAUAAGUUUUGGACAAAUUAAGAAGUAAAGUUUGAAUUCCACCCUAUUUGGUUUGUGGGUAUGUUAGGAAUUAGGAUCAGGCCUUAAUUAGGAGAGAUUAUGUUAGGUAUUGGGUUUGGCUCAUUAAUGUCUCUUCUAACGGAUUUUCCACAUAAGCAUAUUGUAACCAAUUCUCCAAUUCACCUACUUAUUGUUCUAAGGCAGAUUACAUCAAGAUGGGCCAAGGAAUCAAGUUGAAAGGCCUUGUUACAAUACGCAUGAUAGAAUAGUUGUUAUAAAUAAGAGGGAGUUGUUUGGUUGGGAAUUCAGUUUUGGGUGGUAGACUAGGCUCUCUUAUUCUUAGGGAAAACACUGUUGUUUCUCAUGAAUACCUGUUGUUUAAAGGUUGGAGGAUGAUAUACUAUAAAAAAAUUUAUAUUUCUUUCUAAUUGAACUAUGCACGGUCGCCAGUUUUCGGGCUCCCUAAAUUAUAGUUGAAACUGUUUGUUGUCUAUUCAAGCAAGGAGAAGCUAAUGCUUUAAGAGUCCUUGCAGCUCAAGUUUGUGUUCAUGGAGGAACAUAUUGGGAAUCUUGUAUUUGAAGGAGGGCUUACAGAUGAUGAUGGGGGGUUUAUGAUCAUGGCAGGCUACAGUUAUCCUAACAUAGAUUAUUGAUUAUUUGAGAGAACUACACCCCCAAUGCGGCAGACAGGUCGCAUGCCUUUUCUAAGGAAUCAAAUAGUGAUGGGGCCACCUUUAUCGAUGUUGGCCUAUUUAUCAGCACAAGAGUUCAUAAAUAUAAGAUGUGGAGUGAUGUCUCUGUUCAGACUCCAUAGGAUCUGAAAGGUUAGAUUGCUAAUGAGGUUUGGAGUCGAAGCAUGACGUAAGGAGAGAACCAAAGCAAGGAAGAGUAAUGGGGAGUAUUGUAUACUGUAAAGCAGAUAGAUAGAGAUAGAAAGAGGUAGUUGUGUUAGUGGAGUUGGAGUACCAGUUUGUACAGAGAAAAUGGGAAAUGUUAUAGAUUAUAGAAUCAAUAUGCUUCUUUCUUGAAUUGGUAACAUUGUCGUUUUCAGUUGCUUCUGUGGUUGAAGAUGUGCUUCAACAACACGGUACUCGCCUCAAAUAUCUUGAUUUGGAAUCUAGAAAAGUGGAAUAAGCUGCUAUUUUGAGACUGAAAAAUAAAUUCUAUAAAAUGAAACAUUUAGAAGAUAUGAAGCAGCAUGGUGGUUGAGAAAAAUGGUUGGAGUUGUUGCAGCUAAACAUUUACCCGUAGAGACUUAUAAGGAAGAGUUUAGGCUUUGUUUGAGGAGUGGGAUCAUUCUUUGUAAUGUUCUUAACAAAGUUCAACUAGGUGAUGUAUUCAAUGUUGGAGAGUCAUUAUCAGCAUUUCAGUAUUUUGAAAACGUUAGAAACUUUCUGGUGGCUGUUCAGGAAAUUAGAAUUCCUACAUUUGAAGAAUUUGAUAUGGAACAAGCUGUAAGAAAAAUUGACGCACAUAAAGAAGGGAAUGAUAAACUUGAAAAACGAGUGGAGGAACUCAUGUGGGGCCUCUAACUAGAAAAAAGUUUAAGGGUGAGAUAUAUUUUUUUGUAGUUAGAUAAAAUAUCGAGGAUAUUAUUGUUCUUUUAUUUUUCACAAUCACGCCUCAAAUAUUGUAGGAAUAGAUCAAUUCUUUAUUAUAUUUAUUUAGUUUUUAGUGACAGAUAAUACCAUAGAAAUAGAUAGGUUUUUUAUU